AAGAGAGAAAGACUCAACAAACAUGCUGGAAAUUACAGACAAGACUUCUUCUGAGCUUUCCACGAUGCCAGUUAAUGACAGCAAUGGAAGCCAGCCUUGUGAUGUGUUCAUCUACAAGGAGUCUGCUCGGAUCCUCUUUCCCAUUUUCUACUCCCUGGUUCUUAUAAUAAGUGUUGCAGGUAACGGCCUGGUCCUGUGCAUCACCUGUCAAAAGAAACAGAAGAUGAAUUCUACAAUGAUAUAUCUGAUCAACCUGGCCAUCUCUGACACACUCUUCACCAUUGCUCUACCAGGCAGGAUCACUUACUAUAGCCGUGGCUUCGACUGGCCUUUUGGAGAUUUCUUGUGUCGAUUGACUGCCAUGAUCUUCUACAGCAAUACAUAUGCUGGCAUUGCCUUCAUGACUUGCAUCAGUGUGGAUCGCUACUUGGCCAUGUUGCACCGUCAACGAUGUCAAAAACUCAGGAAAACCAGGGUCGUGCGUGGUAUUUGCGCUCUGGUAUGGGUGGUGGUUCUCCUUGAGACGUCCCCGCUGCUCUUCAAGAGCAUCAUGGAACAAAGAUCCGGUCAUCGAACAUGCAUGGAGUUUUCCAAUUUUGAUGGAAACAAGAUGGCAUAUGGUCUUCUGUUCGCUUGUGUCAUUGGGUUUUGUGUGCCCUUGGGGCUCAUUCUGUGUUGCUACAGUCAGGUCAACUCCAAACUCUCCAGAGCGGCUAAGGAGAACCCAAUGACCAACAGGUCAGGAAGCAACAGCAGGGCAAAAAACAUGAUCCUACUCAUUCUACUGAGCUUUGUGGUAUGCUUUAGCCCUUACCAUAUAAACAUCAUGCAGUUUUCAGUGAGAAGGCUGUUCUAUGAGCCCUCUUGUGAGGAUUUAAAGACUUUGAAAAUGUCACUGCAGGUAACUGUAGCCAUGAUGAACUUUAACUGCUGCCUUGAUCCUGUUAUUUACUUUUUUGCCAUUAAAACAUAUAAGCAGAGAGUGAUGAGUAUUUUUAAGAGCUACAUUUCCAAUUCAGUGUCCUCCAAGAGCAUGCAGGAGAACAGCAGCAGCAACACAUGAUAGCUAAUUGUACUCAAAUGAAGAAAACCAUGAUGGUACAAAAUUGAGGAGAUGUCCACACAUUUGUGAAGAUGAGCUUGGACUGUUGUAGGCUGCAGAGACUCCUGAGUUUUAAUGCAAUUUCUUUUGUCAAGCAAAUUUAAAUACCUUACUGUUAAUGGUCUUUAGUUACAUGUUAUUUUAUUUGUUGUGGAUUUGUUUUGACCACACAUUGUUGUGCAAAAUGUAUUAAGAUUUUUGACAUUCUGUAGUGAGUCUGCCUUUUUUAGUAUGCUCAGUAUAGCAGCAAAUGUACAUAUCACUUAUCACUGUUCAUGACUCAUAUACAGUACAUCUAUAA